AACGCGGCGGGAGCGCGGCGUGAGGAACCGGGAGCGACCGGGAGGAACCGGGAGGGACCGGGAGGGUCCCGGAGGGGUCGAGCCGCCCCCGGCACGUCCCGGAGCGCGUCGGGGCCGCUCCGAGGCGGCUCCCGGGGCCGAUCCCGGUGUCGUUCCCGUUCCCGAGGCCGUUCCCGCUUCUCGGCUCCGGUGCGGCCGCCAUGGGCCGCCGCAAGUCGAAGCGGAAGCCGCCGCCCAAGAAGAAGAUGACGGGGACGCUGGAGACGCAGUUCACGUGUCCCUUCUGCAACCACGAGAAGUCCUGCGACGUCAAGAUGGACCGUGCCCGGAACACCGGGGUGAUCUCGUGCACCGUGUGCCUGGAGGAGUUCCAGACCCCCAUCACCUACCUGUCGGAGCCCGUGGACGUUUACAGCGAUUGGAUCGACGCCUGCGAAGCCGCCAACCAGUGACAGCCGGGGAGGGGACACUGCCCUGUCCCCAGAGCCCUGGGGGGGUGACAACAGCCCCCGGGACCCGGUGACACCCCCCAGGACAAAGUGACACCCACUAGAACCUGGUGACACCCCCCAGGACCUGGUGACACCCCCCAGACCCUGGUGACACUCUCCAGGACAAAGUGACACCCCCCAGACCCUGGUGACACUUUCCAGGACAAAGUGACACCCCCCAGACCCUGGUGACACCUUCCAGAACCCGGUGACACCCACUAGAACCUGGUGACACCUCCCAGGACCUG